UCAUUUUUCUUCAGCAAAUCAACUUCUCACUCACUUUUUGCCUUCCAUUCAAAACCAAAUUUAUGGGUCUGAGUUCUAACCGAGUCGAAGAUUUCUGUAGCCAUGGUGAAACCACAAUAGUAAUGCCACCAACCAGUACAACAAUGGAGAUACACAGUGUUUGUUUGCCACCAAAAACCACCACCUUCCACAAACUUAAACAGCGCCUUUCUGAAAUCUUUUUCCCUGAUGAUCCUCUUCACAGAUUCAAGAACCAAACAUGGCCCAAGAAACUCAUCCUCGGUCUGCAGUUUUUCUUUCCUAUAUUUCAAUGGGGUCCUGAGUAUAGCUUGAAGCUUUUCAGGUCUGACAUCAUUUCUGGUCUCACCAUUGCCAGUCUUGCUAUUCCUCAGGGAAUCAGUUAUGCAAAGCUAGCAAAUUUGCCACCUAUAAUUGGACUAUAUUCAAGCUUUGUGCCACCAUUGAUAUACUCAAUUCUUGGAAGCUCAAAACAUUUAGGAGUUGGUCCAGUGUCUAUAGCAUCACUGGUGAUGGGGUCUAUGCUUAGUGAGGCAGUUUCUCCAGUUGAUGAUCAGAUUCUUUACUUGAAAUUAGCCUUCACUUCUACCUUCUUUGCUGGUGUUUUUCAGGCUUCUUUAGGUCUUUUAAGGUUAGGUUUUAUUAUUGAUUUUCUAUCAAGGGCCACUCUUGUUGGGUUCAUGGCUGGUGCAGCCAUUAUUGUAUCACUGCAGCAGCUGAAAGGGCUGCUUGGAAUUGUGCACUUCACCACUAAGAUGCAGUUUGUUCCUGUUAUGGCCUCUGUUUUUCAUCACAGAGAUGAGUGGUCCUGGAAAACAAUUGUUAUGGGGUUCAGUUUCCUGCUGUUUCUAUUAACAACAAGGCAUAUUAGCAUGAAGAAACCAAAACUUUUCUGGGUAUCGGCAGCGGCACCAUUAACAUCAGUGAUUCUUUCAACCUUGCUAGUUUUUGCCCUCAAAUCAAAGAUUCACGGAGUCUCAAUUAUUGGUCAGUUACCAAAAGGCUUGAAUCCUCCUUCAGCAAACAUGCUAUAUUUUAACGGUCCCAUGCUUGCUGUCGCUAUUAAAACCGGCAUCGUUACCGGAAUCCUAGCUCUCACUGAAGGAAUUGCUGUAGGCAGAACAUUUGCUGCUAUAAAAAAUUACCAAGUUGAUGGUAACAAAGAAAUGAUGGCUAUUGGUAUCAUGAACAUGGCUGGUUCUUGUUCUUCAUGCUAUGUUACAACAGGAUCGUUUUCUCGAUCUGCAGUCAACUACAAUGCUGGAGCACAGACAGCAGUUUCAAACAUAGUAAUGGCUUCGGCUGUGCUUGUUACACUGUUGUUUCUCAUGCCACUCUUUUACUAUACGCCCAACGUAAUCUUAGGGGCCAUCAUCAUAACAGCCGUGAUUGGAUUGAUUGAUUAUCGGGGAGCAUACCAAUUGUGGAAAGUUGAUAAACUUGAUUUCCUGGCUUGUUUGUCCUCCUUCUUGGGGGUUCUUUUCAUUUCGGUACCAUUGGGUCUUGCCAUUGCGGUCGGAGUUUCUGUAUUCAAAAUCCUACUGCAUGUCACUAGACCGAACACUGCGGUUAUGGGAAACAUACCCGGAACUCAUAUUUACCAGAGUCUCAACAGAUAUCGAGAAGCUCUAAGAAUCCCGUCAAUUCUCAUACUUGCUAUUGAGUCCCCUAUCUACUUUGCAAAUGCGACUUACCUCCAAGAAAGGAUAUUAAGAUGGAUUCGCGAGGAAGAAGAGAGGAUAAAAGCAAAUAAUGAAAGCAUACUUAAAUGCAUCAUAUUGGACAUGACAGCUGUGACCGCAAUAGACACGAGCGGCAUUGAUUUAGUACGUGAACUCAGGAAGAUGCUGGAGAAAAGAUCCCUUCAGCUAGUGUUGGCCAACCCUGGUGGAAGUGUGAUGGAAAAACUACACCAGUCUAAAAUAUUGGAUUCGUUCGGAUUGAACGGACUUUAUCUCUCGGUUGGAGAAGCAGUAGCGGACAUUUCGGCUUUGUGGAAGUCUCAAGCUUGAGUUAUGAGUAAAAGUUGAAGUAGAAGAAUGGAAAAGAUAUGAAAUAUGACUAACCCAUUUUAGAAUAUGGAUAGGAAGAGCAAAAGCUCUAGUAAAGAGAGGAACUUUCUUUUAUUUUUGUAAUUGCUGAGAAAUGAGAAUGCAGGGCAGGCAAUUGAGAAGAGAUUUUGAAGUUUUUUUGGUUUACUACAACUAAAUUCACAUGCUGAUUUAUUAUUUUAUGUUUUGUAAUAAAAAAGAGAGCUGUUAAUUGAUA